AUGUAUUCCAAGACGCUCUCAGCGCUCUUCGUCGGAGUCAUCUUCUCCCAGCCAAUCGCAGGGCUCUUCAGCUGCCAGACCUUCAAGGCGUCCGGCUUCGCCCCAAAGUGCUGCGCCAACAUUAACGGCCAGGUUGGAAUUAAUUGCAUCUCGGCGCAUCAGAUGGGCGCCACUGACCCGACCUGGGAGUGCAAUGCAUUCGUGUACAAUAUCACGGGGUGCUGCCAGACUACUGGCUACAAGAACCCGUACAAUAACAUCACUCUCGAUCUUUGCUCGACGUCCCUGGAUCCGUAG